CCUUUUGAAUAUGGCGGCUUCCCAUGAAAUAAACAAAACAUUUGUGUGAAUAUUAAAAUAGUCUUAAUAUUUGUUUAUAAUUUGUUUAUACAAUGCUUUUAGUGAUAACAAGUAUUCAAAGAAAUGAAAAUUUCCUGAAAAUAGAUAUAAUAAGUCUAAUAUUGGACCAUUUUAGGAUAUUUAAAAUGGAAAUAUAAUAAUCAAUAUCAAAGUAAAGUGUAAAAUCUGUAAAGCAAAUUGAAAAGCAAAGUCUGCAAAGUAAGUAAAUUGAAUUUUUGACUUGACUAAAAUUAAAAUACCCAACUUCCAAGGGUACUGUUCUUGCAAAACCAAAUACCACGCCAGCCCACAACAGGUCAGAAAUUAAAUUGAAAGACAUAUAAAGUAAAUGAUUCUCAUUUAUUUUAAAGUGAAGAUUAAUAAUUAUGUAAUUAAUUUUGAUAAUAACUGUGGCGUAAAUAACACACAGUAGGCCCAACAGUGAAUCAGUAGAAAUGAAUUUAACUAGGCCCAAUUUUUUAGACCUUUCCCAUCCAAGUAUUUUUAGUAAAUGUCUAGAUGGUUACACCCAAAAUGCGAAAGAAAUCUAUGAAUAGUAUUAUAUUAAAAAUGUGCCCUAAGAACAAAUGUAAUGUUUAAAGAUUAAGACAAGACUUUUAGAGCUGUCAACAUAGGUGUUGCAUUAGCAACCCUUCUUUAUAAUGAUAGAUCAAACGUAUUAGAGGCUCCUCUAAGAUUUUUACAGGUUUCCUUUUGCUCAAUUUACUUUUAAUUAUCGAAUUAUACGUCUGGCGGCAUGUCACGUGACCGCCGGACGGCUAGUAGUUUUUAUAAUUCCGAACGAAGUGCAGUUUGGUAGAUCUUGUGUGUUCUUGUGGUAGAGUGGUCGCUUGACGAUAUUAUUGUUUGAGGAUCAAUACUGGGGAUAGGAUGUUUUUUUUUUUUCUUCCCAUUUUAAUUAAAAAUAUUUUAUACUAUAUUUAUAUUAUCAUGUUCAUCAGCAACAGUAGUUUCAUGUGAAGUUUUUAAAUAUUUUUUAGCAAUUUAAAGAAUUUAAAAUGAAAUCUUUUACUUUUAUUGGUUGCCUACUCCACACUGGCCCCUAAUUUAUUUUAAGGAUUACUGGUACACAAACUCAAAUAACAAACUAAACAAAAAUGUUUAGAAGCCACUUUCACUUAAGUUUUUUUCUAUUAUUUACAUUCAAGAUACUCAGUACAUUACUUGGUAGAGAAAUAGAUUUUAAAAUUAAUAAUAGUUUUGAAUCAUUCACAGUCAAGAUAUCUCUCGCCACUUUGUUACGGCGGUCAUGUGACUUGGUCGCCGGGCAAAAUAGUGCUGGAGAUAUACGUCCGGCGCGCCGGACGUGUAGACACUGCCUUUAAUUAUUUCAUUACGAUGGAUGGGUGCUAAGCGGAUAUCAAAGGCACAAAAACUAAUGACCUAGUCCUUAGAAGUUAGAAAAACCAGAAGAAGGCUUAAAUUAGAGUUAGAAGAGGCAAAAGUUGAAGCUAAUUGACAUCCUUAUCUUUCAGGGGGAUCAUUAAAUUAAUUAAAAUUAGAGAAUUUAUUAAAGUUUUGAACAAAAUUAUUGCAUUUUGAUUCCCAAAAUUUCUAAGUUUAGUUCACAUAAAAAAUAACUUUUUUAAAUAUCAACCAAUUUUUUUUAAAUUUUGAAUGAAACUAUAUUUUAUAAAUGUCAAUGUCAGAAACUAAGGAUAUUACAAUAUAGUAAUAUUAAUAAUUUAAUUAAUUACAAAUUUAACAAUCCAUCAAAGUUUGAUUUUAAAAUGAAAAAAUUAAGACACUUCGGCAAGCUGUGAUACAAAACGUAUUCAAAAAAUUACAUUUUUCUUAGCUGUCAUCAUAGCUAAUCCAUAUUUCUGUAUGGUUAAAAAAGUAAAAUAAAUUUGAGCUUAAAACAUUCCAACUAAUUUUUUAGUCUUACAUGUUAAUUUCCUGAAUCACAUUUUUCAUUUUUCUUUCCAAUGUGAGAAAACUAAUAUGUAUCACUUUUUAAUUAUUUUAUGUGUUUUUAUGGUAGAAUGACUAUUCAUUAAGCUUCAGUGAAAAUUUGACACUUGUAACUUUAAUAGAUUUUGUGUGUGAAUUUUUUAGUAGUCAACCUAUGAUCUGGGUGUACCCUCAAACUUUCCUAUAAAUUAAAAAUGCUGAAAUUUUCAUUGCAGAGUGCUACACCAGGAUGCCCCCCAAGAAAAAGUAUGAUGGUGUGGAUGUCAAGGUGCGACUGGAAGGGGAUUUAGAGGACCGUUUUGUGACUCUGUGCGAGGAUUGGAAAGUUUCACAAGUAAGUGACACAUGGACACUUCACACCAGUAGCAUAUUGUCAUUAUUAGGGUACAAAAUUAAACUGACCCCUUUAAUUAUGACAGAAGGAUGUUUACUUUGAAAAAAUUUGAUCUUCAUCCAGCCAUUAGGUUCUUGCUCCUUUUGAUGUAAUAACUUGAAGCACUGAUUAUACUAUACUAAUACUAUUUCUGUAAUGCAAUCCUAUUUCUUUCCAGUUCCUAGAAAACAUCACCAGUCUGCUGCUUGAAGAAAUGAAGAACCAGUCGUAUAAUGUUAUCUUAACUUAUGACCAAUUGCCUCCCGAAGUCCUUGAGUAUGAAGAGGAGUUCGGAAAUCGGAUUCUAUCCUGCAAGGAACUUGUUCUUCAAACCAAAGGACAAGCUUACAACAGGUGACCUUUUUAAAUACCAAAACAGGCAUUUUUAUUGAUUAUACACUGUAAAUGAAUGAAGGAAAGGCGAAAUUCCAAAAUUUAUUGGACACAUAUUUCUCCUUUAUUCCCUGACGAACAAACAUUUUCCUUUUCAUGUUCUUUUUCUGUAGCUGUAGUCAGUGUUUUUCAAACAGUCGACAUUUAAAUAAAAUCUAAUUUUAAAAAAAUUGAACGAAAAUUAAAUCUGGGACAGCAGAAUAAAUGUGUAUUUCUAAAUAAAUGGUUUAAUUUUUUCUUCUUCAAUCAAAACAAUUUUUAAAAAAGUUAAAAUUACAAGUAACCAAUGUAUGAGGUACCAAUAGCAAUAACUGGAGGAAAGGAUAUGUUAAACAGUAUUUUCAGAUGAGCUAUAAAAUAAGGAUAUGUUAGCAAAAUUUCCUACAGGGGCAGAUAUUUCUUUAGGUGAGUAACUUUGUUAAUCCCAAUGUUUUAUUUAUAUUCGAUAGUGAUUUCUAAAUGAUAUUAACUGAUUCUCAACUCAACAGAGGAGUGAACAGAGAAACUCAGGUUGAGACAAGCAUUGAGAGUACAGAAAAACCUUGUGAGUAAUCAUAUAAAAGCAAUAUAUAUAUAUAUAUUGUUAUUAACAUUAUGGUGGUUUUAUAUAGCGCAGUACCACAGCCUAGGGCUAGGCUCACUGCGUUUCACAUAAAAAUUAGCAAUUCCAGAAAAUUACACAUUAAAGACAAAAAUUGGUGAAAAGCUUGACCUCACCCACCCCAGUACUAUCUACCCCUGUCCAGCCACCGACAGGGGGGGUUGAGAAUGAGUCCUACAUGAUACACGACAUAAAAUUGCUACAAUGUGUGUUUGGGGGAGGAUGGCUUUAGAAACAAUUACUUUAGAAACAAUCAGCUUACUUUAGAAACAAUAACUUUAGAAACAAUUACUUUAGAAACAAUAACUUUAGAAACAAUUACUUUAGAAACAAUUACUUUAGAAACAAUUACUAUAUAAACAAUAACUUUAGAAACAAUAACUUUAGAAACAAUUACUUUAGAAACAAUUACUUUAGAAACAAUUACUUUAGAAACAAUUAGCCUACUUUAGAAACAAUAAUUUUAGAAACAAUAACUUUAGAAACAAUUACUUUAGAAACAAUUACUUUAGAAACAAUUACUUAAGAAACAAUUAGCCUACUUUAGAAACAAUUACUUUAGAAACAAUUAGCCUACUUUAGAAAGAAUUACUUAAGAAACAAUUAGCCUACUUUAGAAACAAUUUCUUUAGAAACAAUUAGCCUACUUUAGAAACAAUAACUUUAGAAACAAUUACUUUAGAAACAAUUAGCCUACUUUAGAAACAAUAAUUUUAGAAAAAAUAACUUUAGAAACAAUUACUUUAGAAACAAUUACUUUAGAAACAAUUACUUAAGAAACAAUUAGCCUACUUUAGAAACAAUUAGCCUACUUUAGAAACAAUUAGCCUACUUUAGAAACAAUUACUUUAUAAACAAUUAGCCUACUUUAGAAACAAUUACUUUAGAAAUAAUUAGCCUACUUUAGAAACAAUUACUUUAGAAACAAUUAGCCUACUUUAGAAACAUAACUUUAGAAACAAUUACUUUAGAAACAAUAACUUUAGAAACAAUUACUUUAGAAACAAUUACUUUAGAAACAAUAACUUUAGAAACAAUUAUUUUAGAAACAAUUAGCCUACUUUAGAAACAAACCCAAAACAAGUUAUGCAAAGUUGGAUUUGUUUAUGUUUUCAAAAUAUCCCCCCACCCCCCUUCCCAAUCUCAAUCUCAAUUAAAGCGCAUAAAUGUGAAGCUUUUAUUUCUUUCCAGAGUGCUACAUCAUUAUAUCCCCCCCCACCCCUCUUCCCAGACUAAGCAUAUACAACAAUACCUUGAAUAUUGCAAUGGUUACGUUCUGAGACACCCCCCCGCCCCCCAGCCAAAUAAAGCGAAUUGAGAUCAAUAUAUAUUUUAAAGCUAAGAAAACCCCUCACACACUCCUUUUAACCUUCCCCACAGUUUUAAUUAAAAUUACAUUUAAGAUAUUUUCAAUUUUUUAGGCUAGCUAAUUGCGUAUUUUACCGCAAAAAAAUAAUUUAAAUAAUAAAUACCGUAUAUAAACCAACGCAUACUGUAUAACUGAAAAAAAUCACUUGAAAUAGCAAAAAAUCUGUUCAACAUAUCCUAGGAGCAAAUCCUCAAAGUAGCGAGGUAUUACUAAAUAUAUUUUUCUACAUAUGUAAGUCAGUGUAACUGUAGUAAAAGUUAAUAAAAGAUUAUUAGUACCGGUAUUAGAUGAAAAUUAUAAGUUUUUUUUUUAGAAUCAAAAAUUAUUAUUAUGACCAUAUAAUUUAUAGUAAAUCUGUACCUUUGGUCAGUGAAAGUUUUCAAAGUUGUAUUUAACCUGGCCAUAGCGCUUAUGAUAACCUGGUCUUAUAAACUCUAAAUAAACUAUGGCUAAUAUUAAUAUGUAACUGACGAUGAUAUAAGUUAAACUGAUAUUAUUCAGCACAAAAAGUAGAUUAUUAUUCAAAUGUUAUAUCCUAAACAAACCAAAUAAGAUACAUCUACGAAUAGUCCAUUCACUGUGUAAAUGAGGAUGUUAAUUUACGCAUAUCAUGUAGUACUAGACUAGACCAGUUAUUGACUAUAAGAAAUGUCGAGCUUCAGCCCUGUUUUUCUUGUGUUAUCUUAAUAAGAAUUUAAACAGUCGCCAGUAUAUAAAAAUAUUCAGGUUUCAUGCGACUUACAAGCCAUGUGCCUCAUUUGUUUAUCUGCGGGAAGAAACACAGUGAUGUCUCUACUAACACAGUGAUGUCUCUACUAACACAGUGAUGUCUCAACUAACACAGUGAUGUCUCUGCUAUCACAGUGAAUGUUUGUGUUAUGGGUCGAAUCUUUAUUUCAUUUAUUUCAAAACAUACAAAGACUGUAAAUUUGUUUGACUAUUGCUAAUCAUCAACAUGAUGAAAUGAUAAUUACCAUCAAACCCUUAUCAAAUAGAAACUAUCACUAUCACAAAUCCUUGAAAGUCAGACCAUUUUCUUUAUCCUUCUCUUUUUGGUGUUUUAGAUUCUUGGAUUUACAACCUCGAUGAUGAUGUUAAAAACAGGCAGAUGAAGGAAAAGGAUGUGGCUCGAAUUGCGUUAUGUCUGGAUGAUCUCAAAAUGAUGACCAAGUUCACCCUUAUGACGGGACUUGGAUUCAAAAAAGGUGAAAUAGAAAUAGCCAUGUCGAACAGCAAAGGACAAGAUAUGGAUUGGUGCGCUGAUCUUCUGUUUCGUUGGGUCUACAAGAACACCAGCGAAGCAACCUUCCGGGUUCUUCUGGAACAGAUGAGAAUAGUUGAGGAUCUGAAGCCUGGCACAGGCGACUGGGAGAAGAUAAAGAAAGUGGUUCUCCUCAGUGGCUCAAGCACCAAUGGGAAAUAACAAUUGAUCUUGUGUCCUCUUAACCAUUUCAGAUGUGAACAUUUGUCAAAGAACUUACUCUUUACAUUUUAAGUUCUGCUAGGUCAAAAUGUGAUAUAAAUUGCUCCAAAAUAAAGUUCAGCUUUUCGGUUUUUAAAUGUAAAAAUGUUGUCAUAGUUCCAAACUGAAUAAAUGUGUGUCUCAAGACAUACUUCAUAACAUCAGAAACACACCUCUAGAAGUGGCAUGCUUUUGAACAAAUUCAAUUAGUUAAACAAAUGUUCACAGCUGCCAACUGAAACUCAUUAGAAAGGCAAUCAAUAAACAAGCUUUGGGUUCAAUAAAUCUUUGUUGCUGUUUUUAAAAAAAAAUGUCUUGUUAGUGGAAUGCGAAAUGAUACAUGAGAAUCUACAUCACCGUCAACAUGAAAGAAAAAAAACCCAAACAAAACAACAAUCUUGAGACCUCCGUAUCCGGUAGGUUGGUAGCAGUGUUAGCGUAUUUAAUUAGACAGUCAUGCCUUUUAACUCUGUCACAGUUUUAAAAAAAAAACUUUGCUGAUGUGUUACCAACACCUCACAAUAACCCCUCUGUGCCUGAUUCACAAUAUUAACAGCUUUUGUGUUUUGAAAUAAAUCGGAAGAGGUAUCCAUAGC